CACCUUACUGGACGCACCCACACCGGAUGGACAAGAAGCUGUAUGCAGUCCCUGCGGGGAACACAGUGAAGUUCCGCUGCCCGGCCUCGGGCAGCCCCAGCCCCAGCAUCCGCUGGUUCAAGAACGGGCGCGAGUUCCGGGGGGAGCACCGCAUCGGGGGCAUCCGGCUCCGGCACCAGCACUGGAGCCUGGUGAUGGAGAGCGUGGUGCCCUCUGACCGCGGCAACUACACCUGCCUGGUGGAGAACAGGUUCGGCAGCAUCCACUACAGCUACCUCCUGGAUGUACUGGAGCGGUCCCCGCACAGGCCCAUCUUGCAGGCUGGGCUGCCUGCCAACACCACGGCCCUGGUGGGCAGCGAUGUGGAGUUCUUCUGCAAGGUCUACAGCGAUGCCCAGCCCCACAUCCAGUGGCUGAAGCACAUUGAGGUGAACGGCAGCAGUUACGGUCCUGAUGGGGUCCCUUAUGUGCAAGUGCUCAAGACUGCAGACAUCAACAGCUCAGAGGUGGAGGUGCUGUACCUGCGCAACGUCUCCAUGGAGGACGCUGGGGAGUACACGUGCCUGGCAGGGAACUCCAUCGGCCUCUCCUACCAGUCAGCCUGGCUCACUGUGCUGCCAGAAGAGGAGCUGGUGCGGGAAGCUGAAGCCCCCGAGACCAAGUACACGGAUAUCAUCAUUUACACGUCGGGCUCGCUGGCCGUGGCCAUGGCCGUCAUCAUCGUGGUGCUGUGCCGCAUGCAGACGCAGUCCAGCAAGCAGCCCCUGGAGCCCAUGGCGGUCCACAAGCUUUCCAAAUUCCCGCUCAUCCGACAGUUCUCCCUGGACUCCAGCUCCUCUGGGAAGUCCAGCACGUCCCUGAUGCGCGUCACCCGUCUCUCCUCCAGCUGUGCCCCGAUGCUGGCUGGGGUCAUGGAGCUGGACCUGCCCCUCGACGCCAAGUGGGAGUUCCCCCGAGACAAGCUGGUGCUGGGCAAGCCCCUGGGGGAAGGCUGCUUUGGCCAGGUGGUGCGGGCAGAGGCUUACGGCAUCGACAGAGACCGGCCAGACAGAGCCGUCACUGUGGCUGUCAAAAUGUUGAAAGACAACGCCACCGACAAGGACCUGGCUGACCUCAUAUCCGAGAUGGAGAUGAUGAAGCUCAUGGACAAGCACAAGAACAUCAUCAACCUCCUGGGGGUUUGCACGCAGGAUGGGCCGCUGUACGUCAUCGUGGAGUUUGCUGCGAAGGGCAACCUGCGCGAAUACCUGCGUGCCCGCCGCCCCCCAACACCCGACUAUGCGUUUGACGUCACGGCGAUGCCCGAGGAGCAGCUCUCCUUCAAGGACCUGGUCUCCUGCGUCUACCAGGUGGCCCGUGGCAUGGAGUACCUGGAGUCCAAACGGUGCAUCCACCGUGACCUGGCUGCCCGCAAUGUGCUGGUCACUGCAGAGAGCGUGAUGAAGAUCGCUGACUUCGGCUUGGCCAGAGAUGUCCAUGACAUCGACUACUACAAGAAAACCAGUAACGGUCGCCUGCCGGUGAAGUGGAUGGCACCAGAGGCCCUCUUUGACCGUGUCUACACCCACCAGAGCGAUGUGUGGUCCUUUGGGAUCCUGAUGUGGGAGAUCUUCACGCUGGGGGGCUCUCCCUACCCGGGCAUCCCUGUUGAGGAGCUCUUCAAGCUGCUGAAGGAGGGGCACCGCAUGGACCGGCCGUCCAACUGCACCCAUGAGCUGUACAUGCUGAUGCGGGACCUGGCGGCUGUCUCAGAGGAGUACCUGGACCUCUCCAUGCCCUUCGAGCAGUACUCGCCUUCCUGUGAGGACACUGCCAGUUCCUGCUCCUCUGACGACUCCGUCUUCACCCACGACCCGCUGCCGCUGGCUCCCCACCUCUUCUCCUACCCCAGCGUGAGGACUUAA